GAACACCCAGCUCUAUUUAGGCGCCAAAUCUACUGCAUUAGUCCAAGAAAAAUUUGCGUUUAGAAUAAGUCAAUAACAAAAACAGAAAAACAAAAAUGAAGUGCAAAAUACCCGAGAUCUCUUGGCAUAAUCGUGAUCCUGUACUGAGUGUAGAUAUACAGUACAAAGGAACGGGUUUGCAGUCAUCGACCAUUUGCCGUUUGGCUUCGGGUGGCACCGAUGCCCAUGUUUUAAUUUGGUACCUGAAUCGUCGUAAAGGGGGGGAGGGCGACGCUGUUGACUCCGGAGGAGACGGAGACGUUGGAUUAGAGCUGGCAGCUGAUCUGUCGCGUCACCAACGGGCAGUAAACACCGUGCGAUGGUCUCCCAACGGCGAGCUAUUGGCAUCUGGCGAUGAUGAGAGUGUUGUCUUCAUAUGGAAACAGAAGGCCGAGCACGAGGUGAUCAAUAUAGUGGAUGCUGAUGGUCAUGGCAGUCAAGAUAAGGAAGUGUGGCUAACUUUGAAGGUGUUGCGUGGUCACCGUGAGGAUAUUUAUGAUUUGAGUUGGUCGCCAAAUUCGUUGUUCCUGGUGACUGGGUCAGUAGAUAACACAGCCAUGAUGUGGGAUGUUCAUAAGGGAAAAUCCCUGGCAAUAUUAGAUGAUCAUAAAGGCUAUGUCCAAGGCGUAGCCUGGGAUCCAUGUAAUCAAUACAUAGCCACAAUGAGCACGGACAGGCACUUGCGCAUUUUCGAUGCGAACACCAAGAGGAUAAUCCACAGAGUCAGCAAGUCGACGCUACCUGUUAAAGAGAAUCACGAAAUGCAUGAGAAGAGUGUAAGGCUCUACCAUGAUGGCACUUUGCAGACUUUCUUUCGUCGGCUAAGUUUCACUCCAGAUGGCAAACUGCUAAUAACGCCGGCUGGAAUCACAGAUUAUGAUGGUGUUUUAAAGCCCACGAAUACUGCCUAUGGCUUUAGUCGAUAUGAUCUAUCCCGUCCGGCCUAUGUGCUGCCCUUUCCCAAGGAAUAUGCUGUCGCUGUGCGAUGUUCUCCUGUUUUGUACCGCCUUAGACCGUACAAUGAGGAGAAAAAUCCGCCCAUUAUAAAAUUACCCUAUCGCAUGAUCUAUGCUGUGGCCACAAAGAAUUCGGUUCUGUUUUAUGACACACAACAGCAAGUUCCGUUUGGUAUCGUCUCCAAUAUCCAUUAUACUCGACUCACUGAUCUUACCUGGUCAGCUGAUGGUAAUGUUUUGAUUGUCUCCAGCACCGAUGGAUUCUGUUCGCUGCUAACCUUUGAAGCCGAUGAACUGGGUGAACGUUAUGAGGAAAUGGAAGUAGUGCUGGAAGCUGCUUUUAAAUCCUCAGAGAACAUUCCUCCGUUAAAGAAAAAGAAACAGAAAGCAACGAGAAAACCUUCAGCCGAUGAGCCAGCCCAACGUAAACCUUUAAAGGAAAAGAUGGCAGCACAAAAUAACAUUAAAGAGAAGGAAAACGACAUUGAAGACGACAAUGAGAAUGACUCAUCACGCCAGAGUUUUUCUUCAUCCAGUUCGAGUAGCCCCAAGGCAAAGCAAAUUGACACAAAACCGGCGGAUGACAAGCCGAAGCCCAUUGCCAUAAGGCGUUCACCGCGAAAAGUUUCUGUCACACCCACACCAAUAGCUACCAGGCGAUCUCCACGUAAAACAGAUGAAGCUUCAUCCAUAAACAUAAAACGAAAGGCAAGCUGUGAAGCAGAGAAAACCGUACAGCCUCCAGUUGUGGGCCUUCUUGACAAGCAAAUCAUUAGCUCGGAGGAGAAAUUCGAGUCACCUGAAAAGAAAUGUCGUCCCGCCACACCCAUUCAGGUGCGAAGGCAGCCGCGAACACCUGGUAGCAGCAGCACUAGCAAUUUUCCACUGACACCACAGGCCUCCAAUCAAUCCGCCGCUGCCGCCAAACAAGCCGCUCCCAUUGCGAUAAGGCGUACGCCGCGUGUGCUAAUCGAUUUCCCUGCCCCUGUGAAUGCACCAGUUGUGGUUGAAGAGGCCAUGGAUGCCUGGCCAUUGGAUGAGGGUGUUGCUCCUUUGCCCAAGGAAAUUAAAAAAACUGAAGAAAAAUCAUUGGAAACGGCAGCAACACCACUUGCCCUUAAUGAGGUAACCACAGAGCAUACUGAAGACAUACGCUUGGUCUACGAGGAUACACAAGAAGGGGAGGAAAAAGUAGGAGACGACGUUGCAACAGUAGUCAAAACACCAUUAAAGGCAGUGGCUGCGGUGGCGGCGACAACAGCAGCAGCAACCACACCAAAACCAGCUACGCCUAAAAACAAAACACCACGACGGGUUUCGUUGCAAACCAUUUCGACACCAAAAUCAAAAAAGAAACUGCUGAACUAGCUCCAUACAAGUCCAUACAAUCAGCAAUUCUACAUUAUACAAGAUUUAUCAGAAAAUAAAAGAAAAAAAGAUUCUCUUAGAACAGAU